AUAUGGCUACUGUUGCUAUCGAUAUCCAUGCUGAUCGGCUCAUUCCUAGCCGGUAGCGUACCUCUGGCAUUCAAGCUCUCUGAAGCGCGAUUACGAUACUUGUCGGCUUUGAGCGUCGGUCUUCUGAUGGGCACCGCGCUGCUGAUCAUUAUACCAGAAGGUGUAGAAACGUUGUACUCGGCACAAGAGCUUGGUUCAACUUCUUCAGCUUUGCCUCCCUCUUCCAUUCAAGGGAGGCACAUUCCUGCUGCUUGGCAGGAUGUCCACAUGGCUCCAGCCAAUUGGGACCAUGUCACGUUGGACCGCCGAGUACCGCCAAGCGACGACACCAUCAAACAAUAUGGCUCCAAGGUUGACAUCAAUGAUGAUAUGGAUGAUGUCAAGCCGAAAGGGGCUAUUGACCAUGCUCAAGCGUCCGACGUACCCAUCAACCAUGAAACUUCAGCACAUCAAUACAUUGGUCUGGCACUAGUGUUAGGGUUUGCUAUCAUGUUUCUUAUUGAUCAAAUCAGCUCCCUUCAUCAAACCCUUCCUCGUCGCGACCUAUCUCCAACUUCAAGGUUCCGCCACGCUGCUCCGAAAGGGCCUUCCCAAAUGACUCCGACCGUCGGCUUGGUAGUGCAUGCUGCUGCUGAUGGUAUUGCCUUGGGAGCGUCAGCAAGGCAUCCACAUUUGUCGUUUGUGAUUUUUUUCGCCAUCAUGAUCCACAAGGCUCCUUCGGCUUUUGCCUUAACCACUGUCCUCAUGAACGAGGGGUUCAUGCGAGCAAGAAUCCGUCGUCAUUUGUUUGUGUUUUCCAUGGCGGCUCCGGUUGGGGCCAUUCUAACCUAUGCGGCUCUCUUGUUCUCGGGCAGUCCCGAUGACCAAAACAUGGCGUGGUGGACUGGAAUGUUAUUGAUCUUUUCUGGAGGCACGUUCUUGUAUGUUGCCAUGCAUGUCAUGGAAGAA